CAUGAACCACCAACUCCACUUUGGUGCUUCCUGGAAAAGACCGAGAAACCCCACGAAGACCACGUCCCAGGGGCGGCUUCAGAAAGCCAACCUUUCGUCCUCCCACUUGCGUAUAAAAAGCAAAGCGCAUCCAAGAACUCCGACGUGAAAACUCAUCUGGUUUUCCUCUUCUCUCUGGCUCAACCCCUUUCGAAUAACCAUGAUGGAGAUCGCAGCGUACGUCCCGGACAUGUUGGCGAAGGUGGCGGCUUUCCUGGUGGUCCAGGCGCUGGUGUAUCUGAUCCUCUCCAACUCGUCGGAGGUGUUCUCCAAGGACAAGAAGCUCGGGUCCCUCAGCUUCAAGCCCGCUCGCUCCGCCAGCAUCCGCAGGAUUCUGGCCGCGUUCUCCGACGUGCCGCAAGCCGCUGGCGGUGGUGAGCCAUCGCCGCACUCCUCGUCCUCUAUUGCCCAGAGCACGCCGAUGUUUGAGGAUCUUCCCGGUGGCCGUGAUUGUUCGUCCUGAAAUGUCGGGGCGUGUGGAGGGGAUUCAUAAGGCGAUAGGUCGUAGUUUUGGGAGAAUUCAUUGAUUUGUUUGUUCAGAUACCUACUUUGAAAAUAAAAUUAUGUUGGUGGAUUGCUUUGUCGAUGCGUAUAGGUCGUCGUCUUUGUUGUAUGUAAUUGAGACUUGAGAGGACCACUGACAAUUAGUAGACGACGAUUCUGCUAAAAUCCCAUGAUUAGCUUGAUGAUAUAUUAUAUCAUCACAUGCUUGUGCGUUUCGAAUUGCACAAAGAUAGAAAUCUGAAUGCCACGUGAUGUUAACAUUCC